AUGUCGGAUAACAAAGAUGAAACAUUGCGGCAGUUUCGUGAUGUUACAGGCGCUGACGAAGCGCGAAGUAGAUUCUUUUUGGAGUCGGCUAAUUGGCAACUAGAGGUGGCUCUAUUUAGUUUCUAUGAAAAUGGUGGCAAUAGCGAUGAUAACCCAGUAAAUCCUACACCAGCGCUGGCAGCAGUGCCAACUUUGUCCGACAGUGAUAUGGAGUCACCUCCAGCUUCACCUGUGCGCCCGCAGAAAAAGGAAAAAAAGAAACAAGGAAGCUCUAAGUUUGCAACACUAGAUUCAUUGCAACAAGACAGUUCGAGUGAAGAAGACGAAGGUCAAGCUUUUUAUGCAGGCGGAUCAGAGAGAUCCGGUCAGCAGAUCUUGGGCCCUGGUAAAGGGAGAAAGGACAUUGUCACAGAGAUGUUCAAAAGUGUCAGAGAGCAAGGCGCUGUCGUAUUCGACAACGAGCCAUCGUCGACAUCGAGUAGGGGAUGUGGGGCGUUUAGCGGCGUUGGCUACAGGCUCGGACAAACUGCUGACGACCAUGAGCAAGUCGCGCCAGCCAACGCACAGCAACAGGAACAGUCUCGCUUCGUGCGGCUGCGCUUGUACCGCGAGGGUUUCACCGUAGACUCGGGACCGAUUCGCUCUUACGCCGACUCCGAGAACGUGGAGUUCCUCAACAGCAUCCGGCGCGGGGAGAUCCCGAACGAGCUGAAGCGCGGGGGCGGCGAGGUGCGCGUCAGCUUGGAAGACCGCAGGCUGGAGGAGUGCCCGCGCGGAACAACCUCCAAGCCGCAGGCGUUCUCCGGGAAGGGACACCUGCUAGGAAGCCCCACGCCGGCGACGGUCGGCGCCACCGCGCCCGUGGCCGCGUCGCCCGCCGACCGCUCGGCCAAUCAGCGCGCGGCCCAGGAGGCGGUCGGCCUCGACGAGAGCAGCCCCGUCACCACGCUGCAGUUCCGGCUGGCGGACGGCAGCCGGCUGACGGGCCGCUUCAACCACGGGCACACGGUGGCCGACCUGCAGCGGUACGUGGCGCGCGCUGAGCCCGCCUACCAGCUGCGGCCCUUCGCGCUGCUCACCACCUUCCCCAGCGCCGAGCUGGCCGACCCCGCGCUCACGCUGGCGCAGGCCAACCUGCUCAACACCACGCUCCUGCAGAGGCUCAAA